CACAGAAUUCUGAAGGAUAAUAAAAACCUCAGGAGAAUACACAACGAUGCCUUGAGGGGGGCGACAGGGCCAGAUGUUCUGGAUAUUUCUUCAACAGCUCUGGAAUCCCUGCCUAGUUAUGGACUGGAGGCUAUUCAAGUCUUGAACGCAACAUCAUCUUACUCUUUAAAGAGACUGCCACCACUGGAUAAAUUCAGUAACCUUCUGGAAGCUGUUUUAACUUAUCCCAGCCACUGCUGUGCUUUUAGAAAUAUAAGGACAGAAAAUUACAAGACAGCUGUGGACUAUAACAAGGCAUCACACAAAACAACAGAUGUCUUCUAA